CGAGGAGCCCUGCCGCCGGGAUGCCGCGCCGCCGGCUCGGCCCCUGAGCCCGCGCGGCCCGGUGCGCCCCCGCCCGCCCGCCCGCCCGCCCGCCCGCCCCGGCGCCAAGGAUGCUUCGCUGCAUGCCGCCGCUGUGGCGCUGCAACCGGCAGGUGGAGACGCUGGACCGGCGGCACUGCUCGCUGCAGGCCGUGCCCGACGACGUCUACCGCUACAGCCGCUCGCUGGAGGAGCUGCUGCUCGACGCCAACCAGCUCCGCGAGCUGCCCAAGCCUUUCUUUCGACUUCUGAACCUGCGCAGGCUGGGCUUGAGUGACAAUGAGAUCCAACGCCUCCCUCCCGAGGUGGCCAAUUUUAUGCAGCUGGUGGAGCUGGACAUCUCCCGCAACGACAUUCCGGAGAUUCCCGAGAGCAUCAAGUUCUGCAAAUCCCUGGAGAUUGCCGACUUCAGCGGAAACCCCUUGUCCAGGCUCCCUGAAGGCUUCACCCAGCUGCGCAACCUGGGCCACCUGGCCUUGAAUGAUGUCUCCUUGCAGAGCCUGCCCAAUGACAUUGGCAACUUGGCAAACCUGGUGACCUUGGAGCUUCGUGAGAAUCUGCUGAAGUGCCUCCCAGCUUCCCUCUCCUUCCUUGUGAAAUUAGAGCAGCUGGAUCUGGGGGGCAACGACCUUGAAGUGUUGCCAGAUACCCUGGGCGCCCUGCCAAACCUGCGUGAGCUCUGGCUGGACAGGAAUCAGCUCUCCUGCCUUCCCCCGGAGCUGGGCAAUCUGCGUCGGCUGGUCUGCCUGGACGUCUCAGAAAACAAGCUGGAGCAGCUGCCCAAUGAGAUUGGUGGCUUAGUGGUGCUGACGGACCUGCUUCUGUCACAGAAUUUGCUGGAGAUGAUUCCCGACGGCAUUGGCCAGCUGAAGCAGCUCUCCAUCCUGAAGGUGGACCAGAAUCGUCUCACGGAGGUGACCGAAGCCAUCGGGGACUGUGCAAACCUGUCGGAGCUUAUCCUGACCGAGAACAUGCUACAGACUCUCCCCAGGUCUCUGGGGAAACUCACCAAGCUGACCAACCUCAACGUGGACCGGAACCGCCUGACGGUGCUCCCUGCAGAGAUUGGGGGCUGCAGCAGCCUGAAUGUCCUCUCCCUUCGAGACAACCGCCUGGAAUGGCUGCCCCCGGAGCUUGCUGGCACCACUGAGCUUCACGUCCUGGACGUAGCAGGCAACCGGCUGCAGCACUUGCCCUUUGCCCUGACGAAUCUGCACCUGAAGGCCCUCUGGCUGGCAGAGAACCAGUCGCAGCCCAUGCUGAAGUUCCAGACGGAGGAGGAUGAGAAGACGGGGGAGAAAGUGCUCACCUGCUACCUGCUGCCCCAGCAACCCUCUGCCAGCUCAGAGAACCUUUUGCAGAACAGCCUGGAUGAGAGCUGGGCAGAGGCCAACCCCAACCGGGUCAGUGUGAUCCAGUUUCUGGAGGACUCUCAAAUAGAGGAGGAGGAGGAGGAGGAAGCUGGCACUGAGAAGAGGGGGCUGCAGCGCAGGGCCACUCCGCACCCCAGUGAGCUGAAAUCCAUGAAGAAAGGAAUGGAAGUGCGGCGCAGUGAGGUCUCUGCAGCAGCUAGGCGAGACUCCACUAAUUCUGAGGGCAAGAGGCUGAGUGCCACCUCCAACCACAGCGAAGACUCUCACGUCUCUGGCAGUAUCCGCUCUGCCGCCGGCGGCCCAGAGGAGGGGCAAGAGGCGCAACAGCCAGAGGGCGCAGCAGCAGAGGCUCAGCUGGAGAGAGGGGGAAAGCUUGUGGCUGAGGAAAAAGGCCAGGCGCUCCCAGAGGAGGUGUCCACGCUGGAGGAGACAGCGGAGGACCAGGAAGAGGAGCUGGAGUUGGAGUACUCUGAGCCCACGGUGCACUUCGCGGAGGACACCCUGGUUCGCAGUGAGGACGAGGAGACCCCCCCGUUCCCCACAGGAAAACAGCGGCUGAUCCGCAAGGACACACCCCACUACAAGAAGCACUUCCGGAUUGCUCAGCUGCCCCGCCCGGAGGCAGUUGUGGCCCUCCUGCAGGGCUUUGGGGCCAGUGGGGGCUCCCAGGAGGAGGAAGAGGAGAAGCCAGAGCAGGAGGAGGCCCCGGAGCAGACAGGGUGGGACCAGAAGGAGUCAGCCAGUGAGGGGGGCUCAGCGGUCCCACCCUCGGUCAAGGGGGUGUCGUUUGAUCAAGCCAAUAAUCUGCUGAUUGAGCCCGCUCGCAUUGAGGAGGAAGAGCUGGCUCUGACAAUCGUGCGGCAGACGGGCGGCCUGGGCAUCAGCAUUGCGGGGGGCAAAGGCUCCACCCCUUACAAGGGAGACGAUGAGGGCGUCUUCAUCUCCCGUGUGUCAGAGGAGGGGCCAGCAGCACAGGCCGGGGUGCGUGUGGGGGACAAGCUCUUGGAGGUGAAUGGGGUGUCCCUGCAUGGCGCUGAGCAUCACGUGGCAGUGGAAGCCCUCCGGGGCUCGGGCAGCAGCGUCUCCAUGACAGUGUUGCGGGAGCGGAUGGUGGAGCCUGAGAACGCCAUCACGGUGACACCGCUGCGACCUGAAGAUGAUUAUAGCCCGCGGGAAUGGCGUGGAGGGCUGCACUUGGCCGUGGGGGCUAAGGACACCACCCCAACCGAACGCCUCUCGGCCUGUCUGGUGCGGAACGAGCGAGGCCUGGGUUUCAGCAUUGCUGGGGGCAAGGGCUCCACCCCAUACCGGCCAGGUGACACGGGGAUCUUCAUCUCCCGGAUUGCGGACGGGGGGGCUGCCCAUCGGGAAGGAACGCUGCAAGUGGGCGACAGGGUCAUCUUGAUCAAUGGGGUGGACAUGACAGAAGCCCGGCACGAUCAGGCUGUAGCACUGCUGACCGCCUCCCCACCCACCAUUGCUCUGCUGGUAGAAAGAGAGGCAACACCCCAAGAGAAGGACCUGCCUGUGGGGCUGCGAGGGCCCCAGGCCCCCUCGCCACCACCUCUGCCCCCCCAGGGAAACACCCUGCUGGAGGAGGCAGCAGCGUGCCCCACCCGGAGCCAGCUGCCUGAAGGCACGGACAGCCAGUACCCCACCGAGGAGGUCUGCCUGGUCAAGGCCGGGGGCCCCCUUGGCCUCAGCAUCGUGGGAGGCAGUGACCACUCCAGCCACCCAUUCGGCAUCCACGAGCCGGGAGUCUUCAUUUCCAAGGUCAUUCUGCACGGCCUGGCCUCCCGCAGCGGCCUGCGUGUGGGGGACCGGAUCCUGGAGGUGAACGGCAUUGACCUGCGCCAGGCAACCCACCAGGAGGCCGUCAGUGCUCUGCUCUCCAGCGACCCGGAGCUACGGAUGGUGGUCAGGCGAGACCCUCCCCCGCCUGGAAUGGAGGAGAUCUGUAUUGAAAAGAGGCCUGGAGAGAAGCUGGGCAUCAGCAUCCGAGGUGGCGCCAAGGGCCACGCGGGGAACCCCUUUGACCCCACCGAUGAGGGAAUUUUCAUCUCUAAGGUCAGCUCCGCCGGGGCAGCAGCCCGUGAUGGCCGGCUGAGGAUGGGCCUGCGCAUCCUGGAGGUGAACCAGCAGAGCCUGCUGGGCAUGACCCACGCGGAGGCGGUCCAGGUCCUGCGGUCCGUGGGGGACCAGCUGCUGGUGCUUGUUUGUGAGGGCUUUGACUCCAAAGCCAUGGCUGCCCUUGAGAUGUCUCCCGGAAUCAUUGCCAAUCCUUUUGCGGCCGGCAUUGGGCGCAAGAACAGCCUGGAGAGCAUCUCGUCCAUUGACAGGGACCUCAGCCCAGAAGAGGCGGAUCUUCUUCAGAAGGACGGGGGCAGCUCAGAGCCCCUGCAGCUGGAUUACCGCACCUUGGCAGCCCUGCCCAGCAGCAGCGGCCAUCUCCAGAAAGGCCCCCGUGGCGGUAUGGCAUUGGGGGAAGCCGAGUCCACCCAGCGAGAGCCUCUCAGCACCCAGCAGUGCUCGGCCCUGUCCCAGCCUUUCUGCCUGGUGGGCAAAGAGAUGCGUUUUACCAAGCCUGGGAGAAUUCAGCCAGUCUCUCGCCUACGCCUGACCUCAGCCCUGGGCCCCGCGGAGGGGCAGAGCAGUCCCAGCCCUUUUCAGCAGCCUGAACUGGCCUCUAGCCCCAACGGUCUGCCUCGGCAGGCCGGACCCCUCUCACCAAGUGAGGACCUUCUUCUCAGCACCAAGCAGGCGUACAAGGCCUUGGCCGCCGUCCCGGGAUCACAGCUGCCGUUGGAGCCGGAGGAACUGCCGGGCCAGAGGAGCCUUGAUCAAGUGCCACCCGUCUCUUCCGAGAGCCCGUGGCCGGGUGGCCUGCACAGCCCAGAGCAGCGGACCUUCCGUGAAAGGCAGAAAUACUUUGAGUUGGAGCUGAAGCAGCCACCGCCACCUGCCGGGAAACCCCUGAAGCGAGUCUCUCUGGUCGGGGAAGAAGACUUGAAGAAAAUGAAGGAGGAAGAAGCAGCUCGGAAACUCCAACAGAAGCGAGUCCAGCUGCUGGAGGAGGAGGAGGAGGAGGAGGAGGAGGAGGAGGCGCAAAGCCAGGGCCCCCCAGGCACGGGGGCCCCCUCCAGCAUCUUCAUUGAAGGCGUUGAGUACAGAGUCGAGAAGCAGAACGGGAACAGUCUCCCCCCAACUGCCUGGAUGAGUCCUGUCUGCGCCAGAGGGGGGGAGCCAGUGGUGCCAGUCCGGACAGCCAAAGCCGAACGGCGGCAUCAGGAACGCCUGCGGGUGCAGAGCCCGGAGCUGCUGGCCACCCUGGAGAAGGAGCUCUCCCCAGCCGAGCGCCGAGCCCUGGAAGCAGAGAAGCGGGCCAUGUGGCGAGCAGCACGAAUGAAGUCUCUGGAGCAGGAUGCCCUCAAGGCCCAGAUGGUGAUUGCCAAAUCCAGGGAGACCAAGAAGCGUGGCACGUUGGAGCAGCUGGCAGAGUCACCCUCCCCGGCCCCCACACCUUCCCCCACACCCUUGGAGGACCGUGCUUCCCGGGUCGCAGUUUCACCAGGCCGGCUGUAUCUUCCUGAAAAGAAGUUCCUCUACAAGGAAUUUGCGGCCAUUCCUUCUUCCAAACCUGUAUAUGAACUCCAGACUCCAGAUGGGCGAGAAUCCUGCAAAUGUCUUGGCAGCAUCGGCAACAGCUCAGGGUGCCAGGACCGUGGUGGAACGCCGGAGCCCUUGAUGACCCACGGACCCUCUGCGGGCCAGGAGCUGGGGCUGUUUGGCGAUGAGCGCAACCUCCAGCAGGCUCAACACAGCUUAGAAGCCGCCGUCCCGACAUAACACACCUGUCAUUGGAGACAGUACAGACAUAGCCAGGCCAAGGGGACAGAGUGGGGCGUUUGGCUGCUGGGCCCCUUGAUGGACCGUGGGGCUCUGGACCUCUUUGCAAUGCACUGGGGCAGGUUGUGACAAAACGGAGACAGAGCAUUGGAUGGUGAGGGGAACCGAUGGGAUGUGGGGUCUGUAAAUAGUGGGUGGAGGACGGCCACCACCAGCUGUGGUUGUUGCAUAGCUGACCAGCGGUGGGGCCUCCGUGCCUGUCCCCCACCUGCCCGCCCCCAUUGGUGGGGUGGGGUAAUAUUUGGGCACUGCCGUGCCAGGCAGCAUAGAGAAGGGUGAAGCCGAGUAGGGGCGGGCUAGUGGCAUUAGGUGUGGCGAGGCAGAAGUUGGGGGUUGGAAUAGUACAGGGGGAGCGGCGUGAUGGGCCUCUGGUGAAAUUCAAGGAUUGCGACUGUGGCCCCCACCAGCCCAGCUGGUGCUUUGCAGCCUGGCCGGUGGAGCUGCAGGUUCAACUGGGAAGGUGGGGCCGAGGGACUCUGCUGGCACCCACUGGGCAGGCUGACAGCCUUCCACAGGACGGGGGCAUCACUUAGGCCAAAUCGCUGGGAAGGUUCCUUUGAACAGGAUAUUCGGCUUUAGGAAGGUAGCAGGGCAGGUCUCCGUCUGUCUUUCUCCAGCUACGGAUGUGGCUGCUUCGACAUCACCUGUUAAGAGCUUUUUGUUUUUAAACUAAUUUUAGUAUUUGCUUUUAAUGAGCAGCUGGGGAGUGAUCAGGCAGGGUUUCCGUGGCUAACUAACUUAUAGGUGCUGGGCUGUGAUCCAUCUCUCCUCCCCCAGGGUAGUCCAGGGGGAGAUCAGGACUGUAACUAGUGACAUUUGUACAACCAAAGAAAUCUAUUUUGUGGUUCAAUGACAAUAAAGUUUACUUUACCUUUUAGA